AUAGAGAGACGGACGGAGAGACAAAAAGAGAGCGAUGAAGCCGGUGGUGCUGCUGGACUUCUGGGCGAGCCCGUUCGGGCAGCGGUGCCGGGUCGCGCUGGCGGAGAAGGGGGUGGAGUACGAGAACAGGGAGGAGAACAUCAUGGGGGACAAGAGCCCGCUGCUGCUCGAGUCCAACCCCGUGUACAAGAAGAUCCCCGUCCUCAUCCACGACGGCAAGCCCGUGUGCGAGUCCCUCAUCAUCGUCCAGUACAUCGACGAGGUGUGGCCCGAUCGCGCGCCGCUGCUUCCCGCCGACCCCUACGCCCGCGCCCAGGCCCGCUUCUGGGCCGACUUCGUCGACAAGAAGUUCAAUGAAUGCGCGGCAAAGCUGUGGCAGCUCAAGGGCGACGCCCAGGCGGCGGCCAAGGAGGAGUUCAUUGAGAUCCUGAAGCUGCUGGAGGGCGAGCUGGGGGACAAGAAGUACUUCAGCGGUGACGCCUUCGGCUUCGUCGACGUCGCGCUCGUCCCCUACGUGUGCCGGUUCUACACCUACGAGACCUGCGCCGGCUUCAGCAUCGAGGAGGCGGCGCCCAAGGUGGUGUCAUGGGGCAAAAGAUGCAUGGAGCGGGAGAGCGUGGCCAACGCACUGUCCGACCCCCACAAGAUCUACGAGGCCGUGAACGUCUACAGAAAGAGAAUUGGAAUCGAGUAGUCUACAUUAGCAGUAGUGACCGUGUUGCAUGGUGUUUGCAUGCUCUGCGUCUCAUGGCGUUGUAUUUGCUCUCUCUGUUGUCUUCUUGAAUAAUCUACCUUUCUUGGUGGUGUUAUGUGGCA